AUGGAUGCAAAUCUAUUGUUUUACUGCAAAUUUUGCAGCAACAAAUCAAAGUCAAUUAAAUCCCAUCUUCAUCACUUGAGAGUCCAUCGUCAUCUCACCAGGCUUACCUACUGUGGCUUAGGGCACUGUUUAAGUGCUUUCAGGAGUGAGAGCUCUUUUCGGGCUCAUGUCAUCAGGAAUCACAGAAUUUUUGUUUCCAAAGGUCACAACAAGCCUUCUCUUCCUCCAUCCUCUACUGGAAAGUACAAAUGCCCCAUAGCAAUUUGUGGCAGAGAAUUUCUUGUCUAUAAACUACUAACCAGCCAUUUAAGGGUUCAUUUAAGGGAGUUCAGUUCCAUUCCCUGUGUUGUUGAUGGCUGUUUAAAGAAAUUUUCUAGCAUCAAUUCUUUGAGUGGUCACAUCUCCAAGAAACACCGCCAGCAGACCACCAUCGAUCAUGAAGUCAUUACUUCUCCAGUCUACGAUCUCCCAGAAAUUUCACUGGAUGAGUAUUGUGCACCUGAAGAGGAGGUGACUCAGCAGGAAAGGAAAGAAGAAUCCUUAGUGGCUUUGGCUCAAUUUCAUCAAAAGUUGGAGUUUAAGCACAUGGUUCCAGCUUCUGUUAAUCAGGUGAUUUCUAAGGAGAUUCGAACCUUGCUGUCUAGUAUGGAAAGAUGUUUCUUAAAUUCUUUGUCGUCAAUUCUUCAAGAUGAAAAUUUGUCACCUGAAACUAUUUCUCUCAUUCUCUCUUCAGUGUCUGAACGUAAUGAUUUACUAGAGGUCUGCCAUUCUUUAAGAUCUGUCUACAUGAGAAAACAGUUCUAUGAACGCCACUUUAACUUUGUUGUCCCUGAGAAAGUUCCUCUUGAUAAUGGCUCCUUCUAUUAUUACAUUCCCAUUAAGAAAACCAUUCGAGCCGCAUUUGCUAACAAAUCAUUUAAUUUUGACUUUGAACUACAAACUUCUCAGUUUGAGGGUGUCUUCAGAGACUUUUUUGAUGGAGAAACAUAUAAAAGCUACAAGUUCUUUCAAGACAAUCCUAAAGCAAUUCCAAUAAUUUUAUAUCAAGAUGGUUUUGAAUUGGCUAACCCUAUUGGGCCUGCCAAAAAUUUAAAACAUAAGCUUCUUGGUGUGUAUAUGGCGUUUGGUAACCUACCGUCAGAUAUUAGAUUCAAGAAAGAGAAUAUACAACUAGUGGCUCUGGUGAAAGAUUGUGAUUUUAAUCCAACUGAAGUGUAUAGCAAGAUUGUUGAAGAUUUAAUUUCACUCCAGGAGACAGGCAUUGAAGUCGAUGGUCAUGGAACUGUUAAAGCUAGCCUUGCAUUCAUUGCUGGCGACAAUUUGGGUAGCCAUGCUCUGGCUGGCCUAGUUGAAAAUUUCAGCAGAUCUAAGUACUUCUGUCGGUAUUGUUUGAUGAGUAGAGCUGAAUUUAGGAGAGAGGGAGGCGAGACAAGAAAAUUCCCAAGAAGAACUAUUGAUUCUUACAAUGAAGAUUUGGAGAGAGUCGCAGAUUCCAAUGGAAGACUUGGCAACCACCGUGGUGUCAAAUAUGACUCCCCUUUCAAUGCAAUUCCUGGCUUUCAUGUUUGCGCUCCAGCUCUGCCUUGUUGCAUUGGCCAUGACCUUGGGCAAGGAGUCAUUUCUUGGGAUUUAAAGCUGUUUAUCCAGUAUUUUGUUGCUGAAGGGUGGUUUGAUAUUGAAACAUUAAAUGAUUUGAUUGAGGCAUUUCCAUACUCAGCAGAAGAUAGAAAAGACAAGCCUUGCAUCAUUAAGAAGUUGGAAAAGGGUCGUCUUGCCGGAGGUGCUUGGCAACUAAUCACCUUUAUGAGGCUCUUUCCCCUUAUUGUCUCUGGGCACAUCAAGAACCCCAGAGAUAAAGUGUGGAAACUGAUGCUUUUACUGAGAGAAAUUACUCUGUUUUCCAUUGCUCCCAAAGUGCACGAAUCUCAUCUGCCAAGUUUCCAGUGCAUGAUUGACGAAUAUCUGAUGCUACGAAGAGCAUUGUUCCCUCAUAAGCUGUUGAGACCCAAGCACCACUACCUCUCUCAUUUCCCUGAAUUAAUUUUGUUGUUUGGAUGCCUAAUCAAAGUAUGGACACUCCGCUUUGAAACAAAACAUUCUUUCUUUGUGAGAUCCUGGAAAUCUAGUAAUAAUAGCAUCAAUAUGCCUCAAACUUUGGCUUUUAAGCAUGAAUUCUUGCAAAGUUGGGUUCGAAGUGGUGGCAGCUCUGUUUGCACUGUUCAAUCUGGUGAAUCAGUGCCUUAUCAACAUGUACUGUACAGUGAAGCCAUACAGAAAGCUGUGGAGAAGUGUGUUCAUUCAUUUUCCCAAUUUGUCGAGACCAAUUCUCUGAGUGUUCAUGGUACAAAUUACAGGAAGGGGGAUGUUGUUGUGGUACGACAUGUGCCUCGUUCUAAUGACCUGAUAGUUGGCAUGAUUCACCUGAUGCUCCUCGGCCCAAAUGAUGAUGUAACAUUUCUUGUAAAAUUGUGCAAAGCCUCACUUGUUCACAAGUAUGGUUGUUACAAGGUUCAGGCUCUACGUGAUUUUGAGUGCUGUAGACAAGUUGAUUUACUAUGCUUUUAUCCAAUGCACCCAUAUCUCAGAGAUACCCAAACCUACAUUUCCUUGAGACAUGCUAUUGUUAAUUCACCUUGCAAUUCAUCGUUCUGA